AUCCGAACAUUACAAUUUCGUCGAUAUGGUGAGGUUGGUAAACGUCUUGUAUUUUCUGGAUUAAACGAAGACACUUCUGCAGGUUGCCAUCUGCCGGCGCGCCACUGGGCGAACUUUUAUAAGCUCAGGAGUGGGACUGUAGUACCCCGCUGCCAACAAAACAAUCACACAGCAGCCGAAGAACAAUCUUCACUCAAGAACACGCCGUACAGCAAUGGUUUUUGCCCAGAGAACAUCGCAAAGGAAGCGUCCGAUGUGUCACAAGUGCGGGUCGACCAUGGCGGGCCAUACGCGGAAGAACAACAUGGUCGUCUGCCCUGGGUCUGCUGAGCGUAAAUCGCACCUUUUUUCAACCCCAGACACACCCCCACCUACAUAUGAGUUCCACGGCUUCCAGGUUCCACCUGGCGACCGCUGGCACUGGCGAAACCCUAAUUGGGUCUCGCCACCCCACGAGAGACGAUACGAGCAGGCUCACCGCGACGUGUCUCUCACACCUACGGAACCUCUGUCCGAUGAUGGGUCAGGAAAGGAAAACAUUUCGCCCUCAACUAUGGAGCAUUCUCCUAGUCCUGACUAUCCAGAUGACGACUGGGCCGAUAGCUCAGAUCCUCUAUACUACUAUCCCAACUUUUCUAUCAAGGAGGAAUCCCCCGAGCCGCAGGAUGACACCUACAUAUCGGAUUACUCUCAUUCGCCGCCUCCCCGCCAAUGGUCCUCGUUCUCGCAGUCACCUAUCACCGACGUAAGCCUUAACACGGCCCUCCGUGCAGGCACGCCACUGUACAGCGUGUACCGCGUCCCACGUCAAGACAUUCCAAAAGUCAAACGCACUGCACAACGUGAGGGGAAACUUUUCAGUGUGAUGGAAGCCCCUCCUGCACACCUCGCCAAGAUCCCGCGUGAGAAAUCACAAGAGACGGUGUGGGUCAUUCUCAGCGAUCGUGAGGAAGACCUCAAGUACGCAGUACAUUCCCAACACAUGCCGGGUGCCUUCGCCCAAGGCAUGACAGCAGACUUCAGCGACUCAGAAACUAGCGCAGUAGCUCCAGUCAUGCAGCACGUACCGUUCUGCAAAACUAUAGAUCAGCCGGUGAUGCGCAACGCGACCUUUGACCAGUCGAUGUACAGCAUUCCUAGUGGGCUGGCGGGUCAAGAGACCUUGCGAUCAGCCGGUUAUGGGUUUCUUCAGAUGGCAUUUGCUGGGAUUAUCGGUGGCCUUGUCGUCACCUACGGACGGGCCCUCUUGUAGCGAUUCGGGGCGACUAUCCAUCAGUGGUGUGGGGUUGGGAAUUGGGUCAGUGUCAUAUCGAGACGGUUCAAGGAUACAGUUACUCGAGGCCACAUGCAUAGACUCGGAUGUGAACACCGCCAAACAAUAUAAGUAAGGUCA